AUGCUGUCCGACUGCGGGGUGCCGUGGGUGAUCCUGGGCCACUCGGAGCGGCGGGCGCUGUGCGGCGAGGACAGCGCGACGGUGGGCAAGAAGGUGGGCCACGCGCUGGCCCAGGGGCUGCGCGUGAUCGCCUGCAUUGGGGAGACGCUGGCGCAGAGGGAGUCCGGGGAGAUGUUCGCCGUUCUGGAGGAGCAGAUGGGCGCGAUCGCCGAAAACGCCAGCGACUGGGCCCGGGUGGUGAUCGCCUACGAGCCCGUGUGGGCGAUAGGAACGGGUGUGGUGGCCACGCCGGCGCAGGCGCAGGAGGUGCACGCCUUCCUGCGGGCGUGGGUGGGCGGGCGGUCGGGGGAGGCCGUGGCGGCCUCGCUUAGGCUCCUAUACGGCGGGUCUGUCAACGACGCCAACUGCGUGGAGCUGGCCGGGCAGCCAGACAUCGACGGAUUCCUGGUGGGCGGAGCGUCCCUGAACGGGGGGGCUUUCGUGAAGAUCUGCAACGCCCAGGCGUCGGCCGUGCGGCGGUGA